CGCACCCGCACCUCGUGCCUGGUGCCACGUGCUGACAGUUCAAUGACGGUGUGCACAUGCUGAUGUUUUGUUUUGUUGUGAGCCGCAGCAGAUAAUAACGAUCAAAGUGUUGGCUGUCAAGCUGGAGAUGAAGACGGAGCACCGCACGUGCUGCGCGUGCGGCGAGCCGAUCGCGGACCGCUUCCUGCUGGAGGUGGGCGGCGGCGCGUGGCACACCGGCUGCCUGCGCUGCUGCGUCUGCGCAGUGCAGCUCGACCGCCACCCCUCCUGCUUCCUGCGCGACCGACAGGUUUACUGCAAGCAGGACUAUGCCAAGAGUUUCGGCGCGAAGUGCUCCAAGUGCUGCCGCGGCAUCUCGUCGUCGGACUGGGUGCGCAAGGCACGGGAGCAGGUGUACCACCUCGCCUGCUUCGCUUGCGACGCCUGCGGCCGCCAGCUCUCCACCGGCGAGCAGUUCGCACUGCACGAGGACAGGGUGCUUUGCAAGCCUCACUACUUGGAAACACUCGACGGUGGCUCCAUUUCUUCUGAUGACGGCUGCGACUCGGAAGGCUACCACAAGAGCAAGGCGAAACGUGUGCGCACUACCUUCACUGAGGAGCAGCUGCAGGUUCUGCAGGCGAACUUCCAGCUCGACUCCAACCCUGACGGACAGGAUUUGGAGCGGAUCGCGCAAGUGACGGGGCUCAGCAAGCGGGUGACGCAAGUCUGGUUCCAGAACAGCCGCGCCAGGCAGAAGAAGCACCAGCACACCGGGAAGGGCAAGCAAAGCCAAUUGGUGUCCCGUGACGCAGACCCGGCGGGGUUUGGCCGCCCCAUCAACCUGCACCUCACCUACUCGUUCCAGAACAAGCCGCCUUUUGUGCCGAUAGAUGGAACGUCUUUCACGGAUUCUUCAAUGGAUGAGCUGUCGGAGGACUCCUCCAUCCACUGCAUGCAGAGUGAGGUGUGAGCUGCGGAGGACCAGUGCACAACUGUCCGUGUCCUGCGAUACUGUUUGCAACAAAUUCCUCUAACUGCACCAGGGUCGGAUGUACUACGAUUGUGAGGUCUUACUGUCUGUGUGCAUGUUGUAUAUCCGCAUACAGUACAUGGCCGGGUUGUACAACUACGGCAAUCAGAGCCUUGUAACAAUAUUCUUAUGACAACGACAUAUUUCUAUCUCAUACUUGCAAUAACUAUAGCAGCACGCUUUAUACAUAUUCUAAAUCCUUACUUAAACAUAAUUUAUACACCUAAAUGUGGACGUUUGAUAUUUAUUGUAAAAAGUUGUAUUUAUUUAUUUAUUUCCAGUAACUGUGAUACGUUCUCUAUCGUAACUGUUUUCGAUUAGUUUACAAGUAUACAUUUCAUAGUAUUGUACUAAAAUCUAACUGAAAUAAGAUUAUCUCUGCAAUUUUAUAAAUCUCUAGAGUUUAGUGCCAAAUCAUAGAUAGUAAUAAGAGGUAGCCACUGUAACGUGAAGAAGAAGCAAUAGUAGUUGAGAGAGUACUUCAGAGUAUAGUCUGUAGGCCUACGUGUAAGAGAGAGAAGCAGCGCGACUCGCGACCAGCCCAGCACGGCCCUCAGUCCCAGCCUCCGCCGGGCGCUGCCGGUUGCCGCUGGGUACGGUCGGUCAGGAUCAUGCCGAUUUCCCGUGAUAUUUACAAAAGCAAUUUCUCUACAUAUCAACAUAAGAUUUUAUUAUUCGGACACCACUUUAAGCCACAGUGCCGGUAUGCCACGGCGCUGCUGUCCGUGUACAAGUAGUUACUGCUAGACUGUCGACACUAAGUUGAUACGCACACCAUCAAUGUGAUUUUAUCAAACAUUUCUCAUUUCAAACUCUGUUCGUAGGUCAAUGUGACAUGUUUUAAUAUUCACGUAAUGUGUAGUGUACACAGCUCACCGCAAUAAUUUAUUGUCACUCAAAUACUUUAUAAUGUACUAACUAGACACAUAGGGUACUGCUGCAAGGCGCACCACUCACUCUCGAAUUGCAAUGUUUUACUCCUCAACGUUUAAGUCAUUGGAUCUAGUAAUCAUUGAAUUUAACAUUAUUGGAAUUGUACUGUCUUCAAGAUAUAUACCAUGAGAUCUGUAAAAUAUUCUUGACCAUAUGUCUCUAUACUCUGUAAAAAUAAUUCAAUAGGAUAUUUCAGUAUUUGGAGUUGUUAUACAUUAUAGCCUGUCAAUUACUCUGGCGUAUAGUCGGCCGAAGGCCGAUUCAUUCACUUCAGUAUUGUAAAUAGACAACUUGUGUAAGUAAAGUACUUCAUUAUUGUAAAUAAGAUGAGAGCACGGUGGGGCUGGCGGGUCCGCGCCGCCCUGCGCGCCCUCUAUAGGAUAUUUAUUAAUUUAUGAUUGUAGAUGUAAGUGACAUAACGUAGCGCGUCAUCUUGUCAUUUUAUUGUAAUUAUUAUUAGUUGCUACAAGUACUAGGUACUUAAGUUUAUUCUGUACAAAUUUUUAAAUAUAUUGUUGGUUAAUUGUGACUGUUGUUUAUUGUUUACCCAAGAAAACUGU